GUCAGUUUUGUAGGUUAUGUUUGCACGUGUUAGAUGUUUAUAUUGGGUUUUUAGCUACAAUGAAAGUUAAAGUAAUUAGUAGGAAUCCGGACGAAUACUUAAGAGAAACCAAACAUGAUAUCCAUAAAGUGCCAAGAAACUAUGAUCCUGAUUUGCAUCCAUUGCAAUCAGCCAGAGAAUACGUUAGAGCUUUAAAUGCAACUAAAUUAGAAAGGGUAUUUGCAAAACCUUUUAUUGGAAAUUUAGAUGGUCACAGAGAUGGUGUAUCAAGUUUAACAAAACAUCCCAAAAGAUUGUCAGUAUUAUUAAGUGGUGCUUUUGAUGGAGAGAUAAGAGUAUGGGACUUGCCCUCAAGGGACUGUAUUAGGGAAUUCACUGCUCACAAUGGCAUAGUGAGAGGCAUUUCUUACACAACACAGUGUGAUCACUUUAUAACCGUUGGUGAUGAUAAAACAAUUAAAACCUGGAAAGCCUCUAAACCUCAGUAUGGAGAAGAAGAGGAACCAGUCAACACAGUUCUUAGCAAAACAGUUUUGACAGGGAUCAGCCAUCACAAAGAUAAAGGACAUUUUGCCACUUCAGGGGAAGUGUGCCAAAUAUGGGAUGAAACUAGAAAUGAACCAAUUAAAACUUUCAGCUGGGGAGUUGAUAGUUUACAUGAUAUAUGUUUUAAUCCAAUAGAAAUGAACACUUUGGCCACAUGUGCUAGUGAUAGAAGCGUAAUUUUAUAUGACAUGAGGGAAAGUGAGCCUUUACGUAAGGUUGUUAUGAAACUAAGAACUAAUAAAAUGGCUUGGAAUCCUAUGGAAGCCUACAGUUUUACAUGUGCCAAUGAGGAUUAUAAUUUGUAUACUUUUGAUACAAGAAAUCUAAAACAACCUGUAAAUGUUCACAUGGAUCAUGUAUCUGCUGUUACGUAUGUGGAUUAUUCCCCAACUGGAAAGGAGUUUGUUUCUGGUAGUUAUGAUAAAUCCAUACGCAUAUUUGAAGUUGACAAGGGUCAUUCCCGUGAAAUAUACCAUACUAAACGCAUGCAAAGGCUAACAUGUGUACAAUGGACAUUGGAUAGCAAAUACAUUCUCUCUGGAUCUGAUGAAAUGAAUAUAAGAAUCUGGAAAGCAAGGGCGUCAGAAAAAUUGGGACCGCUCAAACCAAGAGAAAAAACAGCUCUGCAUUAUAGUGAAGCUCUAAAAGAAAAGUAUGCCAGCCAUCCACAAAUUAAAAGAAUUAGCAGACACAGAAAUGUUCCAAAACAUAUAUUUAAUGCUCAAAGGGAAUUGCGUACAAUUAAGGACAAAGACAAGAGGAGGGAGGCCAACAGAAGGGCACACACCAAACCUGGUGAAGUUCCAUAUGUGCCUGAAAGACAAAAACAUGUGCUCAAAGAUCAAAAGUAAUAUAAUUAUUUUAAUUUUUUGAAAAUAUAUAGGUAUGCUAAAG